UUCUAUAAAUAAGUUUGACAACAUCGUAAACAAAUGAUUUGACAAUUAACCGCCAAUAAUAACUGCCGGAGAAGGAAUUUCGCUGUACGUUUCUUGAAUGAAAUCAAAAUUAAAUAACAGCGACAAUGCCUUGCGAAAUGAUAACUUUACAGUUAGGCCAGUGCGGCAACCAGAUCGGAUUCGAAUUCUGGAAGAGGCUCUGCGCCGAACACGGCAUUAAUCCCGAAGGAAUACUCGAGGACUUUGCCACCGAAGGCAUCGAUCGCAAAGAUGUGUUCUUUUACCAGGCCGACGACGAACACUACAUUCCACGGGCGGUCCUUCUCGACUUGGAACCGCGAGUCAUUAAUACCAUCAUGAAUUCUCGGUACUCGAAGCUUUACAAUCAGGAAAAUGUUUUUCUAUCUAAAAACGGGGGCGGUGCCGGAAAUAAUUGGGCGUGCGGAUAUUCGCAGGGCGAAAAAUUGAACGAGGAAAUCUUCGAUAUCAUCGAUAGAGAGGCGGAUGGUAGUGAUAGUUUGGAAGGUUUCGUAUUGUGCCAUUCGAUUGCCGGCGGAACGGGUUCCGGAAUGGGUUCAAAUAUACUCGAGAAGCUAUCCGAUCGCUUUCCCAAGAAACUGGUACAAACGUACAGCGUGUUCCCGAAUCAAGACGAAAUCAGUGACGUGGUAGUUCAACCGUACAACUCGCUGCUAACGCUAAAACGUCUGACGGAUUCGGCGGACUCGGUCGUCGUAUUAGAUAAUACGGCGUUAAAUCGGAUCGCCGCCGAUCGCUUGCACAUUCAAAAUCCGACGUUUACGCAAAUCAACAGUCUGGUCAGCACGAUAAUGUCGGUCUCGACGACGACGCUUAGGUAUCCGUCGUAUAUGAAUAACGAUCUGAUGGGUCUGCUCGCUCCGCUAAUUCCGACGCCGCGUCUACACUUCCUAAUGACCGGUUACACGCCGCUGUCGACGGAUACGGACGAGGUUAGCGUGCGAAAGACGACGGUCUUGGACGUGAUGAGGCGACUGCUACAACCGAAAAAUAUGAUGGUGUCCACGACUCAAGAUCGCAACUCGCAGCACUGCUUCAUAUCGAUCUUGAACAUCAUUCAGGGCGAGGUCGAUCCGACGCAGGUGCACAAAUCGUUGCAGAGGAUACGCGAACGGAAACUCGCCCAGUUUAUCCCGUGGGGCCCGGCGAGUAUACAGGUCGCCCUCUCACGAAAAUCCCCAUACAUACAGACGGCCCAUCGAGUUUCCGGUUUGAUGCUCGCGAAUCACACCAACAUCAGCUCGUUGUUCGAUCGCGCACUCCAACAGUACGACAAGCUGCGCAAACGCGAGGCGUUCUUGGAGCAGUUUCGCAAGGAGGAAAUGUUCAAAGACAAUCUAGCCGAAUUGGACGUGAGCAGGGAGGUCGUACAAGAUCUGGUUAACGAAUACGUGGCGGCGACUCGAGAGGACUACUGCACUUACGGGUUGACAUAGUGCGCCGCUCCAAUUUCCGUCUUCCCCCCCAUCUUGAAACGUAACGCGUUAAUUGGUGCCAUAACGAUAGGAAGUAAUCUCAUGUAAUAUGCUGUUUAUCAAAAUAAUAAUGUUAAUUUACCAGUCCAUUAAUGUUUAAUUAAAGUUUCGCAUUAACCGUUU